AUGGAGUUUAGCUUGCUAUUUAUGUUUUUAGCUUGGACUGCAGUGAUGACUUAUUUAACGUUUGGUAUCGGUGAGUUGCAAACUGCGAAACAUUUUUAAUUUUCAAAGUCAUCCUCCAUAAGUGCAAUUUCGAACGUAUGUUCAGUUUUCUCGUUUCCCUGUUCCAGUCAUAACUGUUCAUAACUGUCUGUACAGAAGCCCUUGGCUUAACACUUACCUGUGGGAACCAAUUUAUGUAACGAUUCAUAUUUCCGGCGUCCAACCAUAACGAAAAACCUGAAUUCAACAUCAACGACUGGAGAAUGAUGACAACAUUUCUUGGGUAGAAAUUAAAGGGGAAAUGAACGAAAGGGAAUUUUUAUCGAAUGCCAUUUAGAAAAAUCAAUAAAUUAGUCAUGAAAGAAAGUAAUAAUUUCGGAUGCAAAGGAGAACUUCUAAUUCUCUAAGCACUGGGUGGGGCAUGGAUUCCGAAGGUCUGAGGUUCAGUUCCACAGGGGAACUCGGAAGUUUUUUUUUGUCCUACGUUCGUGACAAGGUAAAAAGAUAUCUUUAGUAUAUUUUUUAACAGCGGACAGUGUUGAAGCGUGAUCUAAUAUUCACCUCCAAGCAACUCGCGCGGGAUUUGCGCCCGAAAAAAGUUGUAAUCGUUGCAGGAAUAAAUGAGUUCAUGUGAGUUUAAAUCAUCUUUGCGAUGCAUUUCAUCAUCUGGCUUCGAGGCUCGGUAAAUAUGUAUCACUAGCCACCUCCGCUUCGGUGAAAAGUUGGUAAUUAUUAUUGAAUUGUUUUAUUUUAGAGAGAGAUCGCACGAUGCUUUUUCCUGAUUACUACUUCGUUGCUGAAAGACGUUUGGUAAAUCAUACGAUUGCAACAAAAUACGUCAAGAACUUUGAUGACUGCGAGCUUUUGUGCUACUUGAACGACAGCUGUGUCAGUGCUAACUUCAAAAAGGAUCCAGAGAAUGGUGGAAUAGCUUAUGCCUGUGAACUGAAUAACGCCACUCAUCUGGAGCACGAGGUGGACCUGAUAACUGACAUCGUUUUCUAUUACCGUGGGUCUGAGGUGGGUUACAACUUAAAAUUAGUGCAAUAG